GGAUUGAGUUGGUCUUUCUCUUGCUGCAUCGAUGCUCCUGUUAUCUGCUGAUAGAGUCUGGCUGGCUCCACACAACACCGGGGGGGUUGUUGUCAUUUCUGUGCUGCUAGCUCUUAGCGCUAGCUAGCUGUUUGAUUUCAACCUCUGCCUAAUUCGACCCAGCAGGAUGUUAUUAUGGAGUGUGGCCUAGUUCUGCCUGACAGCCUCGUGUUGGAGAUCUUCCUGCGUCUGUCCUAUGAUGCUGUGCUGAGUGCUGGUCUGACCUGCAGACAGUGGCUGGCUGUCUCUAGAGAUGAGUUCUUGUGGAGGGACUUGUUCUACAGCUACUACCGCAUCCCCCACCAUGUGCCCCGACACCCAGCGGCGGUGUCAUGGUACAGGGAGUUCAAGCGUCUAUUUGACUGUAUCCCCUGUGUGGAGGUUCAGACACUGAGAGAGCACAGCGACCAAGUCCUCCACUUAGCGUUCUCUCACAGGGGUCAUCGAUUCUCAUCCUGCUCCAAAGACUGCACUGUUAAGCUGUGGGACACGGAGCGACCAGAUGGCAACCUCUCAUUGGUGCACAGCUCCAGCAUGCGGCAGUUUAACUGGGGCUACACUCAGUUCUCCCAGUUCAAUGCUGACGACAGCCUGCUGCUCGUGUCUGGGGUUUACCUGGGCCCACACCACUCCUCUUCUGGGGAAAUCGCCGUCAUCAGUCUGGAAAAUUACACACUGUUGUCUCGGGUAAGGAACAAGCCGUACGAUGUGUUCGGCUGCUGGCUGAAUGAGACCCACCUGAUCUCUGGAAACUUGCACUGGAUCGGCAACAUGACCUCAUGCUCUGUGCUGUGGCUCAAUAAAGCUUUCCAGGAUAUCGAAUCAGAGAAUGUCAACGUGGUCAAGCGCCUUUUUAAGAUCCAGAACAUUAACGCAAGCACCAUCCGCACAGUGAUGGUGGCCCACUGCCGUCGUCAUGACAACCCGGAUUUGGUGCUGGAUUAUGAGGCCCAGUCUCAGGCUCAGAGGCAGAAAGGGCCACAGCGGAAGCACCAGCCCCUCCUCUUUGACCUGGGAACCUCCGGCAGCGAUGAAGACGACGAGGAAGCAGCAGAGGAUGAGUGUCAGAGGGAGGCGAGGUGUCAAGGCUUUACCGCUGCCCGUGCCCCUCAGCCAACUAUAUCAAACAUGGAGCAUGUUAUACAAAGUCGUAAAAAAGUCGGGCCCAGGGACCUGGCGAUUGAAACCCACGUGGCUAAGAUUAUGGGCAAAACCCACACGAAGGCACCCGACUGCAGCCUCAAAGAGCCGCCUGAGUCCGGGGAAGAAGACAAAACCUACUUGCUCUUCACCACCGGAAGCCUUACAUACUCCCCUCACCAGAUAGGUAUUAAGCGGAUCAAGCCCGACCAGAUGACAACCUCUGGUCCUGUCCUUGGUAAAGAGCGUAGCUCCGAGGAGUUUUUUGAUUCCCUGGACCAUGUUAUUGAUAUCCAUGGACACAUUAUUGGAAUGGGUCUUUCUCCAGACCACAGGUACCUUUAUGUAAACAGUCGGGCUUGGCCUGCUGGAUGUGUUAUCUCCGACCCCAUGUCUCCACCUCCCAUCGCAGAGGAGAUAGACCUGCAUGUCAUCGAUCUAAAGAGCUUGAGGGAGGAGAGAAGAAGUCUGCGCGCUCACCGUGCCUUCACUCCCAACGACGAGUGCUUCUUCAUCUUCCUUGAUGUUAGCAGGGACUUUGUUGCCAGUGGAGCUGAGGACAAGCACGGCUACAUCUGGGACCGUCACUAUAACAUCUGCCUGGCGCGUCUGGCGCACGACGACGUGGUGAACUCGGUGGCAUUCAGCCCCUCCGAUCAAGAGCUGCUGCUGUCCGCCAGCGAUGACUCUACCAUUAAGGUGUGGCGUUCGCCGCGCAUGGUCCGCCUAGCGCAGGCCCCUGCGCGGCAACCGAGGCCUCGCAGCCUCCUGUCGUCCUGGUUGAGCCACAAGAACUCCACUUCUAACAGAAGCGUCAAUGGGAAACCAUGAGUCAGGUUGGAAAACACUUUGAGUGGUAGGGAGCGAGGAGAGGAAAGUUAGUCCUGCCUCCUCUGUGGUGGGAAUAUAUAUGCACUCCAUGUAUAUGUACAGUGUGGUUACAGUCUGUGGUUUUGCUUGAGCUCAUGGUGUCUGGAAGGAGACGUGCUGAAACUCGGUUUUGGACACAAGGGUGCGCUGUUGUGCCAACAAAGGACAGACUGUUGAAUUGACAUGUGGAGUUAACACCUUACUUGCACAAGACAGACAUUCUGUUCCCUGAGAGACAGUUUAUUUCUGUUGUAUGUGUAACGUGCGUCUGAACAGGUCCGACGCAGAACUCCUGGACCUGAGGUGUAAAUGUGCUGCAGAGACGGCACCUGAUGAUCAGAGGCAGUAAGUGCUGUACCUGAAAAUGUUUUCAGAGUUUCUCCCUUUAUUAAUGUAAUUAUAUCCAAAUGAUGUCUUGAGUAUGAACCCCCCCCAGUUUUCGAUGAAUUAUAAACCCCUAAAACCAAAAGGGAAAAGAUGUUUAGCUGCAUGUGCUGCAGCCUGCCUUGGUUUUUAAUGACGUCCCUUCCUAUUGCCCCAGAAAGGGCCAAUCCCAAUUCUCUUCAACGUAGAAUUAUUGAGCGACUGAUUCUAAAAGAAAAACUGCUGUCGUGAAGUAUGACUGUGUGUUUUGGGGCCUAUAUUAUCCAGAAAUGUAUUUAAACACCUUCAUUUAUUAGUAGCACAAACUGACACCAAUUUGUUUUGAAAAAUCUCAGAAAUUCAUGAUUUCAAAAUGGGUUAGGCUAAGGGUCGUUUUUUCAAAAACUCAAAGUAGCACUUCUGGCGCUAUGUUGUUGACACAAAAUUCUGGAGAUAAAAAUACAACAAAGCCCCCUCCUAGCAAUCUCUGGAGUGCCAGCCAAAUCUACCCAAUAUGGGACUAAAGCAUUAUUGCCUUCAUCACUCUUUUGGCACUUCGUAGAAUGCUGCUUGCUCCUAUCCCACCAUCUCAGUCUGAUUGGCUAACGGAUGUGGUGUUUUUCUUGAGCACACUAAUAAAUAAGCACUCAGGGGAUCUAAGUAUCAUUUAAGGUAAUAAAUGGCAACCUUUCAUUUGAUAUUUUAACAAUCGGGCUACGAGUGAGACUGACCUGUCUUUUAUGCUAUAUUUAUUAAUUUAACACUGUAUCAUCACACUGUAGCUUCACAACACAACACAACUACUGUGCUACUGAACUUUAUUUAAUUGUUUAAGCUAUCUGGAUGGGGGGGGGGUGAAGGGGCCUGUUGGUACUUGUUUUUUCUCUUUUAUUUAUUUACUUAUUGUUUGUGCUGUUGUGAUGGUUUUCUUUUCAGUGUUUGUGUGUUUUUCAUUUUCAUUGUGAUUUACUAAAAAUGGGGGAAAAAAACAUGGAUCUUGAAAUUCUGUAUGUUAUGUUAUACACUACAUUGAAUAAAGUAUAAGGGGAAAACUAAAAAACUCAAAAUAGAGUAUGAGGUACACAGAAAUAUGAGCUAAACUAAAAUAAAUUUUUGGUCAUUUUAGUUGCACUGUUAUCUAAUCCCUGUUUUUAAGGUCAUCUGUUAAACACUACAUUUUAAUUAACCAUCAAAUAACCACCAUCCUUUUGAAUAGUGUGCACAUUAGAACAAGCCAUGUUACAUUACAUAUUUAUGUGUUUUAUGUUCAAGACGUACAUCGUGGGAGAUAAUCAUCAUAUUCACAUGGCACGUAUUUAAUUGUUACAUUAACUAACGCAGUUUUUUCGAUAGUUGUACAUCUGUUUAAAGAACAGAUACUUAAUUUUAUUUUAAAUAUAACAGAUCAAUAGAUAGAAUUUCUUGGAUAUUUCAACUCAAACUAAUGUUGCCCAUGACGUAAUGUGUGUAAUACACCUUAACUGUAUCAUAGGAACAAUCAAUACCUUCAAGUACUUAUUUAGAAAAACAUCAUGAAUGACAGUGACGUAGAAAUACCAGAGGCCUGUUCAACCCAAACAUCUUCAAAUGUUUACCAGUCAUUCCGGGACUACUUGACAUAGCUAUCAUCCUCAUCAAGGUACUUUUGUUGAUAUAAGUUUGUUCUGAGAAAAGCAAAAUAAAACUAAAACAUGACAAGUGAACCAUGAGACUUUGUGCGUCAGCUGCAGUUAAGCUAUCAAUGCAGGUACUUUACUCGGUAAAGUAUCAUGUUAGUGUGGAGAGUCCCUGCUCUACAAGCUUUUCCUGUAGCUGAUUAAAAACUCUUUAAAGUUCACUUUCUAUGAAAUCUCUUCCUUUAUCAGAUGAGUCUCGUCACCAGUUGUGCAGCAGUGUUUUGGACAUGUGUGGUCUUGUUGGUCCCCUUCAACCAAUUUAAAUACUUUUUCAGUAUCCCCAUAUUUCUGAUCAUGUUUACUGCCUCUACUCCCCUAAAAUAAAAGUCUCAACAUGU